GCGCGCCCGGACGCGGAAGCGCCGUGGCCGGAGCGGCGACGGGAAGCGCUGCCAUGACCAACCUCCCGCCUCCGGCGGCGUCCGGGAAUUGCUUUUACAUCCUGACGGAAGACUGUGCCUAUGGAAGCAAAUACUUCCAGGCUGGCACCAUGUGCUUCUGCAGCGAGCGGAGCUACCUCCGGAAUUUUUCCGAGGCCGGGCCCCCCACGUGCUUCCUGAAGGUCGUCGUGCUGGACGACGGCUCCGGCGUCACCGUCAACGUCGGGAUCCUGCAACCCCUGCGGGAAGAAGCCGCCGGAUUCCUGCUGGCCAUCGGCAACCCCAAGGAACGCCUGAGCUUCUUCCUGGAAAGGUCGAGCUUGGAAGCGGCGCUGGGAGCCGCUCCCGGCCGGAAUGUGAUGGUGGAGGUCGACCGGAAGUUCUUCCCGGGGGUGAUCCGGUACGUCGGGAGCAUCUACAAACCCAGCUUGGCCGUGCUGGCCCCGGUGUUCUUCGGGGUGGAAUUGCAGGGAGAGGGGGAAAACCGCGGGCGAAGCGACGGCUCCUACCACGGCACCGAGUUCUUCCAGUGCCGGAAGAACUGCGGGAUCUUCCUGCCCUUCAGCAAAAUCCAGUUCAAUCCCGCCACGGGCAAGAAUUUCGGGAAUGCGACGCCCAAAGAGGCCGAGGAAGAGGCGCUUCCCGUAAAAGUGGGAGAUGCCGUCAGCUUUUACGUGGAUGAGAUCCCGACCAAGGGAAUUGCCAUGGCCGUUUACCGGGAAGGGAGCCGAUGGUUCGUCAGGGUUUGUCCGGAAGAAGAAGGAACGACCGAUAUUUUCCGGGAAAUCCCGAUGGAUUCCGUGGUGAAGGAGAGUUUGCCGAGUUUGUUUCCGUCCUUCGACUCCGACGUGGGUUUGGGCCCCCCAAAUCCAAGAAAAGCGGAGACGAGCGAGAGCGGCGAGGAGGGCGAAGGUGGGAAUUUCCCCCUGGAAGUGAACUCCAUGGUCCAGAUUGCCUUGGACAAGGGGAGCCAAGUGUCGGGAAUCAUCCGCUGGUUGGGAUUCCUGCCCCAGAUUACGGAGAAAAUGGCGGGAGUGGAACUGGAUGAAGACAAGGGGGUCACCGGGGGCGAGUGGUUGGGCAAGUCCUACUUCCACUGCGCCCCAAAACGCGGCCUCUUCGUGAGGCUCAACUCCUGCCAGCCCGACCGGCGCUUCCAGAGCCUUCCUGACGCCCAACCCUCCCUCCUGGAAUACGGAGAACGGGAAGUUCUUCCCCAGACUCCUCCGGAGAGUUUUCCUCCCCUCAGGAACGAGGUGGCUGUGCGCGUCCUGCGGGGCCGGAUGAAGGGCAUCCAAGGCCACUGCAAUUCCUGCUACAUGGAUGCCGCUCUCUUCAGCCUCUUCUCCUGCACAUCUGUGCUGGACUCCAUGCUCUUCAUGCCCUUCCCACUGAGUGACAGGAAUGUCCAGGGAAUUCUGCGGGAUGAGAUCGUGAAUCCCCUCCGGAGGACUGGAUUCGUCCGGGCCAGCAGCGUGAUGCACCUCCGGGAGCAGCUCACGGACAAGGGACAAUGUUCCAGCUUCACCAACGCUGAGAAAGAUCCUGAGGAAUUCCUCAACCUCAUAAUGCAGCAGAUCCUGGGAAUGGAGCCACUCCUGAAACUCCAGUCAGGAGGGCAGGAGCAGGAUUGUUACUGCUACCAGAUCUUCCUGGAUAAGCAGGAGGAUCUGGUGGUUCCCAACGUGCAGCAGUUGGUGGAACGUUCCUUCCUGUCCUCGGAUCUGAAGCUGGUGGAGAUCCCCUCCUGCUUCAUUAUCCAAAUGCCACGUUUUGGGAAGGAGUACAAAAUGUUCAGCAAAAUCAUCCCUUCCUUGGAGCUGGACAUCACAGACCUGCUGCUGGACAGUCCCAGGGAAUGCUGCCUGUGUGGAGAUGUUGCCACCCUGGAAUGUUUGGAAUGUUUCCAGGACCAGGUGUUCGCAGCCACGGGCCUGAAGCAGUUCUGCAGCUCCUGCUCCAGACAGGUUCACUCCCAUCACCGACGCAAGGCGCACAAACCAACGCGGCUGCACAUCCCGGAGGAAUUCCAGCGGUGGAAUUCCCGGCGGAGGCAGCCGAUCCCUCGGGAGAAGCUGGAGCUCUUCGCCGUGCUCUGCAUCGAGACCAGUCACUACGUGGCCUUCGUCAAGUACGGCCCCGGGAAGGAGCACUGGAUGUUCUUUGACAGCAUGGCCGACCGGCACGGUGGCGAAAGCGGCUUCAACAUUCCCGCGGUGACGCUGUGCCCGGAGGUCGCCAAAUACCUGGAAUUGCCCUUGGCCGGGCUGGCCCUGGAGCAGCCCCGGGAUAUGGAUGGAGUGGCCAAAAGGCUCUUCUGUGACGCCUACAUGUACCUGUUCCAGAGCCGGAAAAUGGCCCUGUACAAGUGACCCGGAGCGGCCUCGGGAAUCCGGGAUCGCUUCCCGGCCCCUCGGGAACAGCCGAGUCUGGACGCAACAAGCUGCACUUCGGAGCCUCUUCUUACCUCUCCUGGUAUCCCACUAUCCGUGGGGUUGGGAAAUCCAGGCUUUAUCCUGUGGGCACAGCUGGACUUUGGAAUUGUCGACGCCCGGAUCCCGUCUCAUUCCGCACGUUCCCAUCCCGCCCUUUUCCCUUCCCACCCUCCU